AUGUCCAUAAAUGACGGCGAUAUCGAUGGAAAGUUGGUCUCUGAUUACAAGAAAACAUUCAGUCAGACAAUACAACAUGCAGGCAGCGACAUGAAUAUUCAACUCCAUCCGGGUAGAUCGUUAUACGAUGAACUUGAACAACGAGGAUUACUGGAACGUUCACGGAUGCCAACUGGACUUGGAUAUAAUCUCAUCCAAGAUGGAAAACUCGGUUUAGCGAUGUUCAAUCGCAGUCCGAAAUUUUUAGCACCUGGUCGAUACACAUUCUACUCUCCAUUUAAUCACUUAAUCAGUGUAGUCAGCAUUACAGACAAAGUUAUCACAUUAGGUAAUAUUCAAAUCGUGACAAUCAAUCAAGGAGAACUUGGAUUAAGUCUUCGAAAUGGAGAAAGUAUUUUGCUCGAUCCUGGUCGCUACAUUUUAACUGCACCACAUAUAUUCGAAAAGAGUACUCCAGCCAAUGCACAGUACAUCGAAUUGGGAACGUACCGUCGAAUAACUGUACCAGUCGGAUUUGUUGCUGUAGCAUUCGAUAUUGGUAAGCAGAUUAUUAUUCGUCCGGAAGAUACUGAAACAGGUCCAUUCGAAACCAAUUCACCUACAUUUCUAUUCGAUAAGAAAACUGGUUUUCAAUCAGUUCAACUUCAAGUAAGAGAGCUUGAUCAAUUGGUUGUCAACACUCGAGAUGGAAUCACCAUUAUAGCAAAAGGUCUUAUUACCUAUCGUAUUCAUGAUCCACGAAUAGCAUUCAUGACUGUACAAGAUAUUCAUGGAGCAGUGAAACGGGCAGCUGAAGCAACACUUACUUCUCUCUUUCUCAAUGCUGCAAUCGAUGAGAUAGCACCAUCGGUUCCAACGAAACCAACAGACAAGGAAAUAACAAGUGUUACAUCGGUUUCAGAAGAGAGCAACUUCAAUCAACAUAUUCGUGCUGCGUUUCUACAUGAUUUUUCACACAAGGUGAGUCGAUGGGGUGUCGAAUUACAGGACCUGAACAUUGAAAAAUUAGAAUUCGACAACAGUGUCAAAGAUCUUUUGCGAAAAAGAGCACAAGCUCGCGUCGAGACUGCUACUAGUCUCGCAAAUAUGCGUUCUCAAACAGAUAUUGCCAUGCAACAGGCUGAUCGAGAAAAGCAACAAGCACAAAUUCGUGCAGAAGCUGAAGCAUAUGUCAUACGAACGAAGGCUGAUGCUGACUAUUAUGCUGCCGAACGUCAUGCUCAAGCUGCUAAAAUUUUACAAGAAGUACCGUUAUCAGCUCAAAUUGAACUCAAGAAACUUGAUGUUGAAAUGAUAAGAGCCACAGGUGAUAGAACGACAUUCCUACCGAUGAACCUCCACAUCGGAGACAUCGGAAUGAUUGAUAAACAAAAUAGUAAGAUGUAUUUUGCAACAAACGCUGUCGCUAAUACAUAA